AUGGACGCUCCAUCCAACCUACCGCAGCUACUUAUCUUGCAACGCCAGUAUUUCCAGCUGGUCGAACCACACCAAUUAAGAUGGCCAGAUGAUGCGAUACUAAAAGCGCCAAACGUACAAGUGUGGCUCUUCCACAAUCUGUUCGAUGCAGCCAAUAUCACAUCACUACCCCCGGGCCGCUAUCGGUUGAGGAUUCUCAAACAACUUGUCGCAAAACUCGAGAGGUCGAUCACCGACCCGGAGGAGGAUGAAAUCUCAGAUGACAUUAUGGAAGCGAUGACUAUUCUGCUUGUUGCUGAUCUGCCCUCCGAAGCCGAUGCAGCUCAGCAAAAAGCAUUCGUGACGUACUCUUACCCCCAUCAUUCAAUCGAUGAUAGCGUAACGCACGAACGUACGGUAACGCUACUUGAAGCGCGAUCCGUCAUCUCCUCGUCUGGAACGACUGGUCUCAGAACUUGGGAAGCCGCCUUGCUACUCGGGUCGCAUCUCGCGUCCGAGGCUGGCCGACCGUUUGUAUCCGGGAAGAGAUUGUUUGAACUUGGCGCAGGAACUGGAAUGCUGUCCAUUCUUUGCGCGAAGCACUUGGGGGCGACCGGCGUGGUUGCCACAGAUGGCGACGAGGCUGUUGUCGAUGCCAUCAGAACAAAUCUUUUUCUCAACGGACUUGAUGUCGAUGACACGUCCCGGAUUCAAGUGCGGACAGCCGCGCUGAGGUGGGGCCAUCCCAUUGACGCAGCGACCUUUCCCGAAGACUAUGGCAUGAGCGUACCAGAUGUUGUAGUGGGAGCAGACGUCACAUACGACAAGUCCGUCAUUCCGCGAUUGGUCUCGACUCUGGGAGAAUUCUUCUACUUGAACCCAGCGCUCGAAGCUCUGAUAUCUGCGACGAUUCGCAACGAAGAAACGUUCGAGACCUUUCUGAACGCGUGUAGGCGGAACCGUUUCAGCUUCGAGCAGGUUGAUUGCCCACCGGUGCCUGAACACCAACAGAAAGGGCCGUUUUAUCCAACUUCGACCCCGAUCCAACUGUGGCGUGUCACUAGAGGGCGAUACAUGGACGAUGCGUUUUCUGUUUGA